AUGGCGCGCACUCCAUACCCUGUGCGGCUUCUAGGAGGCCUGGUGCGCAAAAACACUCUCAACCACAUCGUCAGACACCCCAUCAGCUUCUUCCUAACCUUUUACGCCAUCCCACUCGUCAUUCUCCCCCUCCUGUUGUCCCUACCGAAACUGCUCACCACCAACCAAGUCUCUGGCGCCUCGGACCCCGCGCCCAUCAAGUCCCUGGCAGACACGGUGCAUCAGAAACUCGUCAUUGUCAAGCCGGACAAUCUGGGCAGCGAUGUCCAGACAGUCAUUGACGGCUUUUCCAAAUCCCUCGGCGCCGACAAGAUUCAAAUGCUAAAGAGCGACGACGAAAUGUUCCAGACGUGCAGCGAGCUGGCGGGGAACCUGGGCGCCUGCCAUGCCGCCGUCAGCUUUUACGACUCGCCCGGCACGGCUUCGUCGGUGAACAAGACGUGGAAGUACUCUAUCCGAUCCGACACGAAGACCGCAAGCACCGCCGACUAUGUUGCCCACAGGAGUGAGGCAGAUAAUGUGUUUCUGCCGCUUCAGCUAGCCAUCAACAAUGCCAUUACAAACUCGACGACGAUUCCGGAAACCUUCAUGUUUGCGAGGACCAAGAACAGCACCGACACAUCAAAAAGGGAGGAAGCCGCAACGUUGAUUGGCAGUGUAUUCACAUUUGCCAUUUUUGCGUGCUUUUUCGUCAUGAUUUACAAGUUUACCUCGUGGAUCACCCAGGACCGAGAAUCGGGAAUGUCGCAACUCAUGGACACCAUGGGAGGCUCUUGGUGCUUGCCUUUGCGGGUGCUGAGCUGGAUCAUCGUCAUUGACCUCGCCUGUCUACCACUCUUCAUCAUCUUUGGCAUCAUGUAUGCCAAGCUGGCUUUUCCGGCUUCCGAUGUGAUGCCGCUGAUUGGCUGGCAGAUUCUGCUCGGGUUUGCCGUCAACAGCUCCUCGACGUUUGCCGCAGGUUUCUUCACCAAAGCGCGAGUCUCCGCCAUCUACAUCACCGCCGUCUUCAUCAUACUUUCCCUGACUAUGCAGCUGAUCAUGGUCCGCGAAUACCCUCAGCCCAUACCCGAGGCCAUCUGGACAUUGUCGGGGCUCUUUCCCAGCUGCAGCCAUGCCUUGUUCACCAAGCAAAUGGCCUACUGGCAGCUCGCGGGAGAAAAGGCCGACUUCUCAAGAUUCCCGCCUGGAAAUGCGCCACUAAUGAUGGACCUGACCGUCGUCAAGCAAAACACGCUUCUCUUGCUUCUGGCCGGGCAGGCUGUCGGCUACGCAUUGCUCGCCAUGGCGGUCGAGUGGGCGUUUCACGGAGUGGGCGGCCGCAGCAGGACAUUUAGACAAAAGGUGAGAGACGUCAAUGAAGCUUCGGUCAGGGUCGAAAACUUGAAAAAGGUCUUUACGCCAGGUUUCUGGAAGUGGCUCUGCUGCUGCGGCAGACGCGGCUACAAGACGGCCGUCAAAGGCGUCACGUUUGACGCGUACCCGGACCAGAUUCUCUGCCUCGCGGGCCCCAACGGCUCCGGCAAGACGACGACACUGCAGGCCGUGGCCGGCUUCAGCAAGCCCAGUGCCGGGCGCAUCUCCCUGAGCGCUCGGCGCGAAGAGGUUGGCAUCUGCCCGCAGCAAAACACGCUGUGGGGAGACUUGACUGUGCUGGAGCACGUCCGUCUCUGGUCGCAGAUCAAGGGCGGGCGCGAAACCGAGGCCGAGAUUGACGAGCUCAUCCACGCCUGCGAUCUCGCAAAGAAGAAAAAGGCCUGCGCCAAGACGCUCAGCGGCGGACAGAAGCGCAAGCUCCAGCUGGCGUGCAUGUUUGUCGGCGGCUCCACGAUUUGCCUCAUUGACGAGUGCACGUCUGGUCUCGAUCCUCUUUCGCGUCGCGCCAUCUGGGCUCUGCUGCUGCGGUACCGAACCGGCCGCACCAUCAUCUUCACGACGCACUUUCUCGACGAGGUCGACGUCUUGGCCGAUCGCAUCGUCCUCAUGACCGAAGGCGCUGUCCGCUGCGAGGGCUCCCCCGCAGAGCUCAACAGCAAGUACGGGAGCGGCUACAAGGUCGUUGUGCCCGACAACGGGCAGCUGCCCGUCAUGGACGCGCCCUGGCAGCACACCACCCACCAGGGCCAGCUCGUCAGCACCGUGCCCGACUCGGAGACGGCGACGCGUCUUGCGCGAGUCUACGUCGAGAACGGAGUCACCGACAUUUCCAUCUCGGGCUCGCAGUUUGAAGACAUUUUUCUCAACGUCGUGGGCAAGCCCGUCACGCUCGAGACCAGCGACAGCAACACCAACCUCUUGAGCGACAACAAGGGCUUUGAGCUGUCGCCGGCCCGCUCCACGAGCUUUGCGAGGCAGCUGCGCGUCCUGCUCGGCAAGCGAUUCAAGGUGCUCCCCAGAUUUUGGUGGCCGUACUUUUUUGCCGUCCUGAUUCCCAUUGGCGCAUCGCUGGCCAUGCUCAUCAUAAGCUCCUCCUACGACGUUCCGAAAUGCGCCGACUCCAAGCCCGUCCUCGGCACGCCCGAGGCGGAAACGUUUUGGUACGCGGGCUUCUGCGCCCACGAAGACUUUUGCAACAAGAUGAUUCUGGCACCGCAAGACGCCAAAAAGACACUUCGAGGACUCGUCGAGAAGCCCUUUGACAACCUCCGCGAUGUCAAUAUUACCGCGUUUGACUCCUAUGUCGUUGCCUUGGACAACCGUCAGAGUUGGCUGGACUACGUCUUGAACAACAGAGACACCAGCUCCUACAGCGGCAUAUUCACAGGCUCCGGUGGCGAAGCGCCCAUCAUUGCCUAUCGACCUCGUUCGGAUGCAAGAAUCAGCAGUUUCGAAAUGUUGAAUCUCUGGAGCGAGAUGAACAGCAACGUUCAAAUCAUCAACAGCUUUGGCGAGAUUCAAACUGUCAAGUCUGUGAGUACAGUGGACUUUGAAAUGUUUCCUGACCAUGAGCAUCAAACUAACUUGAUAUCCCAGAAUGACCAUUCCGUCGCAGUUCUGUACGCCAUCUUCUUGACGCUCGUGCUUUCCGUGUUUCCCCCCGCAUUCGUCCUCUAUCCAGCAAUCGAAAAAGCGUCCAAUACUCGAUCGAUGCAAUAUGCCAACGGCGUGAACCCAGGACCCCUGAUCAUAGCAUACCUCUUGUUCGAUGCCAUCUUCAUCACGCUCAUUUCCAUCAUCCUGGCGCCUAUUAUCAGUGGCCCUAUCCAGGCAUGGAUUGGCUCUGGUGCUCUUUUGGGUGUUGCGCUGGUUCUGUACGGCCUGGCCACCGUCCUCAUCGGACACAUUGUGUCUCGUUUCUCGAUUGGGCCACUCAAGGCAUUCAUAGCAGCCUUUGGCGUCAACAUGGGAAUCUUUGCGGUUUCCGCUGCUGCGUUUGCUGGAGCAACACUAACCUCGGAGAAAUCGGGCAAAGCUGUUGCAUUCGGUCUGGGAUUGAUAUCACCCAUCGGAAAUAUCUUCCGGGUCAUGAUGGUUGGGCUCAACGUGGCGAAUCAAGGAUGCAGGAACUUCAGCAACAAGCCCUCAUCUGCCUUUGACGGCUACUCUGGCCCCAUUUUCUAUCUACUUCUUCAAGUCAUUGCGCUAGCCGCGUUUGCUAUAUGGCUCGAAGGCGGAUUGUCCCUCAUCCGCAAAGAGACCCCCGCUACCUCGGACCUGGACAUUGAAAUGCGAGAGCCGUGCAUGCCAGGCAGCGGUGUGGCCGCCGAGGUCCUACGCGUGGAACGCGAAAAGGACGACAUGCUACGUGCUAUACACGUUACCAAGGCCUUCAAAUCGAAUGUUGCUCUUGACGACGUUACUUUUGGUCUGCCUCUUGGCCAAGUGCUGGCCCUGAUUGGACCCAACGGAGCCGGCAAGUCGACUCUUGUCAACACCAUCCAGGGCGAAAUCGCUGCCGACAAGGGCGGCGUGAUGCUCUGCAAUGACAACUCUCGAAACGCAUCCUCCAAGAAGCACAUUGGCGUGUGCCCUCAGCACGACGCCCUGGAUCUCCUCACCACACGGCAGCACCUCAUCUUCUACGCCAAGAUCCGCGGCGUCCAAGACGUCAACAGCAACGUCGACUACCUCCUCCGCCGCCUCGAUCUCGAGCCGCACGCCAAGACAGCCGCUGCCAAACUGUCUGGCGGCAACAAGCGCAAGCUGAGCCUAGCCAUUGCGCUCAUGGGCACGCCGCCCGUGCUCGUGCUCGACGAGCCCACGACGGCCAUGGACGCCGUCGCCAAGCGCAUGUUUUGGGACCUCAUCCGCAAGGUCACGGCCAACCGCUCCAUCCUCCUCACCACGCACAGCAUGGAAGAGGCCGACGCGCUGGCCGACCGCGCCGUCAUCCUGGCCACCAAGGUGCUCGACAUUGGCACCACGCAGGACCUGCGCUCGCGCUACGGAACGCAGAGCCACAUCAACGUGCAGCUCGCGUCGGCGCCGCACACGGCAGAGGACGAGAUGCAGCGCGUGUGGGCGUGCAUACAGCGAGGCGUGCCCAGCGCGGCCCUGGAGCGAGACAUGAGCCGCGGCCAGAUUCGCUUCACCGUGCCUCUACAGAGCCAGAGCGGCGGCGCUGGGGAAAGCAGCAGCCUGACGGUGAUUCAGAUUACAGAGUUUCUGGAAAAUUUUAAGCGAGAGUUGGGCAUUGCUCAUUUCAACGUGGGAGGCGCAACUUUGGAAGGCGCGUUUCUCAAUAUUAUCCAGGCCAAUAAUUUCCAAGAGGAUGCGGAAAGACGCUGA